AUGGCGAAGAGGAGAAAAAAAUUUUACAUGUACUCGUCGUCGCGGCACAAAACAUUUUCUCUCUCUCCGUCUGCUUCUUUCUCUCAUCACUUUAGCGAGGAGAAACAAACGGAGUUUCAUCAGUGCAUGCUAAGAAGAAGGAACAGCGCGCGUUUCGUUUCUGUCGCUGCUGUCAAAGCUUCUGUUGUUAGUAUCUCUUCCGUCGAAAAAGCAGCGGCAGGAGUACAACAACAGCCAUUUCUUUUUGCAACAUCAUCGUCGUCGUCUGUAAAGUCUUUCGUGACGGCGCAUCAUCGUCUUAUAAGCGGAUUCGUUUCGACGACGACACCCGGAACAACGACCGCGCGGAACAACAAGAACAACAACAACAAUUUCCAAAGAAGAAUGCGCUCAGAAGAAAUUCCUUCAAUAUUAUUGCCACCACCAAUUGGCUUCGACGAAGUCGUCGUCGAAGGCAAAGGGAAAGUCUUGCAACGAGAAAACGAGGUGUUUUAUAACCGACCGCAAGUGGUCAAUCGAGACUUAUCGCUGGCAAUCGUAAGAGAGUUUCAAAAGAGAAGGAAAGAAGAACACGAAAACGACACGGAUCAGAAAACGAGACGAGGGAAAGGGAUGUAUAACAAAGUACCGCGAGAGAGCAAGAUCAUCGCGCAUUUGGUGAGCGAGCGAGAGCGAGAGCACAUGUUCGCGACGAAAGAGACGACGCGAGAACAUCCGGCGACGACGACGAAGACGGAGGAUGAUGAAAAACAAAAAGAGUGGGUGGAAGUGAAACCAGGGACGUUUCGAUGGCAAGUGGUUGGUGCGGAAGAGAAACGAGAAACGGCCGACGAUGCUGCUGCUGCUGCUGCUGAACAACCGAAAGUAAUAAUAGAAGAAGAAGAAGAUGAAGAGAAGAAAGAAAAACCGCCGUUAGAACCGAUUACUAUUUUAGAAGGCAUGUGCGCGACUGGGCUGAGAGCGAUUCGGUACGCCAGGGAACUGGACGAUGUCAAGUGUAUCGUCGCGAACGAUUUAGAUCCAACUGCCGCGUUAGCCGUGGAAAAUAAUAAAGAAUACAACGCGCGAGAAUCCGAAGAGGUGAAACGACGCGUGGACAAAAUCGUAACCAACUGCGGCGACGUUCGCGUGGUUGCGUUGCAACACGAGAAGUGUUUCGACGUGGUCGAUUUAGAUCCGUACGGGACUCCAUCGCAACAGUUAGAAUCGGCGGUUUUAGCGCCCGUUGAAGGUGGUUUGUUAUGCGUCACCGCGACAGACAUGUCCGUUUUGUGCGGCAACAACGCCGAAGUUGGAUGGACGAAAUACGGGAGCUACCCUUUGAAAGCGAGAUAUUGCCACGAACAGUCGACGAGGAUCUUGUUAGCGGCUAUUCAAUCUGCCGCGGUAAAGAAUAGACGUUAUAUUGUUCCCGUGCUUUCUACGCAGAUUGAUUUCUACGCUCGCGUGUACGUCAGAGUGUACUCCUCGGCGGUCAACUGUAAAGCGGCGGCGUCUAAUUUGUCGUACGUGUUCCAAUGCGUCGGGUGCGAUUCGUUCGAAUUACAACCUUUAGGAAAAGUCGAAGAGAGGUCGCACGAACGAACUGGAAAAACGUACACGAAGUUUAUUCCAGGAAAACUCUCCGCUGCGGUGGAACACAACGAACACGGCGAUCGCAAGUGUCACAACUGCGGGUGGGGGAUGAACGUUGGCGGGCCGAUUUGGUCGGCGCCAGUGCACGAUAAAGGUUGGGUCGAAAGCGUUCUCAAAGACGUCAAAGAGAGUUCGGAUGAACGGUACCCAGGGAAAGAGAAAGUUAGAGCGUUACUGACGAACUGUUCGGAGGAGUUACCGGAUACGCCGUUGCAUUAUUGCUUACACUCUAUGGCCGGGACUUUAAAAAUUACGCCGCCAACGCUGGCGCUGUUUCGAUCGGCGAUUAUUAACGCCGGGUAUAAAGUCAGCGGCGUACACUGUAAUCAAUUAGCCGUCAAAACCAACGCCCCGUCGAACGUUUUAUGGGACAUAAUGAAGUGCUGGGAGCAAGAGCACCCGGCGCAGGAGGAUUUCAAAAAUGGCAAGUCUCCCGGCGCCUCGAUUUUGAAGAAAGAACCGGUAGUAAAAGCAAAAUGGACGCGAGUGAACGGGGCAUUUAGUAAAGCGCAGAUGGCUGGCGAGACGCGAUUUCCAACCAACCCAGAGGAAAACUGGGGACCUAAAAACAGAGCAACGGGAGGGAGAAGUAACAAGAGAGAAAUUUCGUCGUGCACCGCUCCAAACACCAAGAAUUCUAGAAAACAAGCAAAGAAAAAAUUUUAA